AUGGGCGACGACAAAGACGAGGUCGAGAUAACAACCAAAGUAGCCGGGUCUUCCUCAUCAAUUAAAUUUCCGAUGCUUACUAAUACAAACUAUACUGUCUGGGCCAUGAGGAUGAAAAUUGCUCUCAAGGUUAACAAAGUUUGGGAAACUAUUGAUCCAGGAUACAAAACCGAAGAGAAAAACAACUUGGCUAUUGCUCUACUCUUUCAAUCUAUACCAGAAGCAUUAACUUUGCAGGUUGGAGAUCUUGACAUGGCAAAAGCUGUUUGGGAUGCAAUUAAGGCAAGACAUAUAGGAGCAGAAAGAGUACGGGAAGCACGGUUACAGACGUUAAUGGCCGAGUUUGAUCGUCUUAAGAUGAAAGAAGAAGACUCAAUUGAUACAUUUGUUGGUAGAUUAUCUGAGAUAACAUCAAAGUCGGCCUCUCUUGGAGAAAUUAUUGAAGAGACAAAGAUUGUGAAGAAAUUUUUGAAAAGUCUACCAAGAAAGAGAUACAUUCAUAUUGUUGCGUCUUUGGAACAAGUUCUCGAUCUAAACACAACGAGCUUCGAAGACAUCGUGGGAAGACUAAAAGCGUACGAAGAAAGAAUCUGUGAGGACGAGGAUGAAAAUCAAGAUGAUCAGGGGAAGCUAAUGUAUGCUAACUCAGAAUCACUGAAUGAUAACAAUGGCGGUUAUGUCGGAACCAGAGGAAGAGGACAAGGAGGUCGAUCCGCGUGGAGAGGAAGAGGUCGUGGCAGGAAUGGAAACUUCCACAACCAACGAGAUGCGUACAAACAAAUCUUGGGGCGAGAGACAACACACCGCGAUGCUACACACAUAACGUGCUUUCGUUGUGACAAAGUCGGCCAUUAUGCUUGUGACUGUCCCGAUAGGUUACUUAAACUUCAAGAAACCGUCGAAAAGAAAACAGAGGACACACACGAGGCUGACGAACUAAUGAUGCAUGAAGUUGUCUACCUCAAGAAAAAAGGUCAAUCCAAAUACCUUUGA